GGCGUUUUUGUAGUGUGCGUUACUCUUGCUUGUUGACUUAUAAGUCGAGGUUUUGUAACGUUAUCAGAUUCUCGACCUUAAAACUUCCAGUUGUUCUUGUAAUGUUGCCUUAUUCCCUCUCCUGUACUAUUGUGGUUUUUGGACGGUUACUUUCAUCACUGAAUACUAAUUCUAAUCAUCACUAUAUUGACUAAACUACAAUGAACCUUCCCUGUGUAUUAUGUGUAAACCCAUCGAAAUUGUUCUCAUGUUUUCGUCUCCGAUUCGUACGACAUAUGGUUUGUUCUUUACUUGUUAUUUAUUCCAAUUUUCAAGUCUUAUAUUAAAUCGGCGACGGUCGAUAACGAGGUACAUAUUCUAACGUUGAAUAAUCCUACGAGUGCUAAUUCACUUUCUUUACCGUUGAUGAAAGAACUUCUCAUGGUUUUGGAUUCGAUCAAGUUGUCGCAGAAUAUUAAAGCUUUAGUGAUUACUGGUGAAGGAAGAUUUUUUUCUUCCGGACAUAAUCUUCACGAGGUUAUCAAAUUUUCUGAUACAAACUCUAAAAAAAUCUUUUCAACAGCAUCAGAGAUUAUGGAGAAAUUAACUGAAUUUCCUAUACCAUCGAUAGCAUCUGUAAAUGGUCCUGCUGUCGCUGGAGGUUGUCAAUUAGUUGCAGCUUGUGACUUAGCAAUAUCAGCCAAAUCUGCGAUAUUUUCAGCCAGUAGUAUUAAACUAGGAUUAUUCUGCAGUACACCUGCUGUAUCAUUAGUUCGAGCGAUCGGAUUACGAGCUGCUAAUGAACUACUUUUAACAGGCAGAGCUAUCAGUGCUGAUAGAGCCUACGAAUUGGGUCUCGUUCAUCGUGUAGUUGAAGAUGACAAACUAUAUGAAGCGUCUAUUGAAUUCGCCAAAGAAAUUACUCAACAUAAUAAAGAUGUUGUACAGUUAGGUCGAGAAACUCUUCACAAACAAGCUUCUAUGCCAUUAAUGGACGCUUAUGCAAUAGCUUCAGAUGCGAUGGUAAAAAAUUUACAAUUCAAUGAUACCAAACAAAGCAUUCAAUCAUUUUUAAAUCGGAAGAAAUAAACAAAUAGAUCCAUGUAAUUAAGAUUCUUAUGUUGAUACUUAUUUUUCGGUUGAUUGUAUAUGUACCUAUGCACACACACACACACGCUCGCUUAAAUGUAUAUAUACUAUAACCUGUGCACAUCAGAUAACUUUUUUUGUUUUUUUAGAAAACAAAUUCAUAUUCAUUUUACUUCUUAUGUCGUUUUUUAGUAUCAUUUUAUUUUUCUGUUGAAAUGAAAGAAAAUAUAGAGAAUUAGCUUAAUUUCGAGUUCUGUCAAUGUGUUCUCUUCUAAUUAUUUCGUUUACUUGAAUGAUUUUGUUGUAUGUUUGUUUGUCUGAAUUGUUAUAGAUUAUAUUGAUAGUAUGUAUUGUGAAAGCUUGGGAGUUUUUAAAAAAAAUUCAUUUUUCUUACCGUGUGUUAGUAAUUGAGUAUAGUAGUUGAACUGUUAUAUUUGGUCGUCGCUGAUUGCUGUGUCGGAAAAACGCUGAUCAUUUAUACUCGGAACGAGGGAUUUCGGCAAUUCCCAAGAUGGGAAAGUAAGAAGACAAAACUGGUAUACGUGAAAAUUUAUUAGCCUCUAAACACCAUAACGACGAAUGAUAAUAAUAAUAAAUCACAAUAGUCUAAAAUACAUUAGUUUAUAUAUUGAUUGUACACCCAUUUUGAUUAAUAAUUAGGAGUAGAUCACAUACUCAGUUAUAACAAACCACUUACUGAGCAUAGUUCAUAUAAACUGCAUACAAGAAUAUCGUACAUUAUACAGAAGUAAAUAUUAUACUGGGAAAACAAAUCAAAUACUACACU